ACUCGAUACGGGUACGGGCAUCACAUUGACACAAUUCACGAUGAGCUAAUCGCCCAGCUGGACUUCGUCUCAGAACUGGCAUAUGUCGUUGCCAUUUGUGCAAUCAAGGCUUCUUUUUGCCUUUUCUAUCUCAAGAUCUUCCCUGGCAAAUUGUUUAGGAUACUUUGUUGCUGCGUUUUAGCAGUCAUUGUGGGCGAGUCCAUCGCUGGAUUCUUCAUUGUUAUCUUCCAAUGUUGGCCGGUUGCAAGAGCCUGGGACGCCGCCGGUGCCCAGGAGGGGCAUUGUCUGGAUCUACUGACUUUCUAUUAUGUCUCGUUUGCGGUCCGGUUAGUGACUGAUGUGGCUCUCAUCACCCUUCCCGUUCCCAAACUUUUACGACUCAAGACGUCGAUUGGGAAAAAAGCGGGGCUGAUGGUAAUGUUUGGACUUGGUGGCUUGGUGACGGUGGCCAGUAUCAUUCGAGGGACCUAUCUAAGUAACUUUUCAACCGACCAUACUUGGUCGCUCGUUCAGACCCUCAAUUGGUCAUCUGCAGAGCUGGGAGUGGGUGUUUUCAUCUCCUGCGUGCCCUCUUUUAAAGCGCUGGUAACUUUCCAGUUCCCCAAUCUUCGAUCAUUGCUAGGUCUUUCUAGUAACCAAAGCUAUCUUCCAAACCAUGAAACUUAUAAUUUAUCUGACCGGCGGGAGACUCCACGAGAGGCUUCUCGAUCUUGGAGGCAAUCCCACGUGGAGAUAGCACAUAGUAGCAAGCUUGUUUGUGCCAAGCGGGCAAAAAGGGAGACUGGGACAACACAGAAUGACUCGAAAGAAGAUAUCAGCUCGCAACCCUCAGACGAGAUUCGAGUGACGACAAAUGUGACUGUUGACCGAACCGAAGAUUCCCCCUCGAGACCAAGCUAG